CCUAUCAAAUCGAUCACCUGUCAAUCAUUGUGUGGGCGGGAGCAGAGAAGCCUGGUUGCCCCAUCCCUGUCAAUCAUUCCCUAUCAAAUCGAUCACCUGUCAAUCAUUCUGUGGGCGGGAGCAGAGAACCCUGGUUGCCCCAUCCCUGUCAAUCAUUCCCUAUCAAAUCGAUCACCUGUCAAUCAUUGUGUGGGCGGGAGCAGAGAACCCUGGUUGCCCCAUCCCUGUCAAUCAUUCCCUAUCAAAUCGAUCACCUGUCAAUCAUUCUGUGGGCGGGAGCAGAGAACCCUGGUUGCCCCAUCCCUGUCAAUCAUUCCCUAUCAAAUCGAUCACCUGUCAAUCAUUGUGUGGGCGGGAGCAGAGAACCCUGGUUACCCCAUCCCUGUCAAUCAUUCUGGCAUCCAGGGGGCGGGACCAUCCCUGUCAAUCAUUCUGUCAUUCCAAUCGAUAACCUGUCAAUCAUUUUGGGUUAUAGGGGCGGGACUAGAGAACCCUGGUUGCCCCAUCCCUGUCAAUCAUUCUGGUAUUCAGGGGGCGGGACCAUCCCUGUCCAUCAUUCUGUCAUUCCAAUCAAUAGCCUGUCAAUCAUUCUGAGUUCAAUUCGAUAACCCUGGUUUCCCCAUCCCUGUCAAUCAUUCUGUCAUUCCAAUCAAUAACCUGUCAAUCAUUCUGAGUUCAAUUCGAUAACCCUGGUUUCCCCAUCCCUGUCAAUCAUUCUGUCAUUCCAAUCAAUAACCUGUCAAUCAUUCUAAGUUCAAUUCGACAACCCUGGCUUCCCCAUCCCUGUCAAUCAUUCUGGGACCAGACAACCCUGGUUGCCCCCUCCCUGUCAAUCAUUCUGCCAUUCAAAUCAAUAACCUGUCAAUCAUUCUGGGAUUCAGGGGGUGGGACCAGACAACCCUGGUUGCCCUGUCCCUGUCAAUCAUUCUGUCAUUUGAAUCCAUCACCAUGGUUCUGUCAUUUAAAUUGAUAACCUGUCAAUCAUUCUAAGGGGUGGGACUAGGCGACCACGGUUGCUCCAUCCCUGUCAAUCAUUCUGGGAUCCAGGGGGCGGGACCCGACGACCCUGGUUGCCCCAUGGCUGUCAAUCAUUCUGUCAUUCGAAUCGAUAACCCUGGUUGCCCCAUCCCUGUCAAUCAUGCUGGGAUUGAACCCUGGUUGCUCCAUCCCUGUCAAUCAUUCUGGAAUCCAGGGGGCGGGACCCGACGAUCCUGGUUGCCCCAUGCCUGUCAAUCAUUCUGUCAUUCGACUCGCUAACACUGGUUGCCCAUCCCUGUCAAUCAUUCUGUCAUUCGAAUCGAUAACCAUGGUUGCCCCAUCCCUGUCAAUCAUUCUGGGAUUGAACCCUGGUUGCCCCUUCCCUGUCAAUCAUUCUGGGAUUGAACCCUGGUUGCCCCAUCCCUGUCAAUCAUUCUGGGAUUGAACCCUGGUUGCCCCAUCCCUGUCAAUCAUGCUGGGAUUGAACCCUGGUUGCCCCAUCCCUGUCAAUCAUGCUGGGAUUGAACCCUGGUUGCCCCAUCCCUGUCAAUCAUUCUGGGAUUGAACCCUGGUUGCCCCAUCCCUGUCAAUCAUUCUGGGAUUGAACCCUGGUUGCCCCAUCCCUGUCAAUCAUGCUGGGAUUGAACCCUGGUUGCCCCAUCCCUGUCAAUCAUUCUGGGAUUGAACCCGGCUCGCCCCUCCCUGUCAAUCACUGUGUCAUUCAAACCGAUCACCUGUCAAUCAUUCUGGGAUUGAACCCGGGUUGCCCUCUCCUGUCCAUCAUUCUGUCAUUCCAAUGGAUAACCUGUCAUUCAAACGGAUAACCUGGCCAUCAAAUCCAGAACCCGUCAAUCAUUCCGGGUUCAAAUCGACAACCCCGGUCGCCUGUCCAUCAAACCCGGGUUGCGCCGGGAACCGUAGCGCGGCGCCAAUCACCCUGGGACCAGACCUGUCAAUCAUUGCCCCACCCCUCCCAAUCAACCCCACAACCCCAGUGGCCUGUCAAUCAAACCCCGGUUGCCUGUCCAUCAAACCCCGGUUGCCUGUCCAUCAAACCCUGGUUGCGCCGGGAACCGUAGCGCGGCGUCAAUCACCCUGGGACCAGACCCGUCAAUCAUCGCCCCACCCCUCUCAAUCAACCCCACAACCCCAGUCGCCUGUCAAUCAAACCCCGGUUGCCUGUCCAUCAAACCCGGGUUGCGCCGGGAACCGUAGCGCGGCGCCAAUCACCCUGGGACCAGACCUGUCAAUCAUUCCCCACCCCUCUCAAUCAACCCCACAACCCCAGUGGCCUGUCAAUCAAACCCCGGUUGCCUGUCCAUCAAACCCUGGUUGCACCGGGAACCGUAGCGCGGCGUCAAUCACCCUGGGACCAGACCCGUCAAUCAUCGCCCCACCCUCCCAAUCAACCCCACAACCCCAGUCGCCUGUCAAUCAAACCCCGGUUGCCUGUCCAUCAAACCCUGGUUGCGCCGGGAACCGUAGCGCGGCGCCAAUCACCCUGGGACCAGACCUGUCAAUC